AUGUCUGAACCAAUUAAAAAGAAAAAUGGGGACAUUUCGAAAGCUCCAACACCUCAAAAUACUCCAUCAAGUGUUACUACAUCAUAUUUAAAAUCUCAACCACCAACUGUAUCAACAAUUAAUGAAGAUAUAAAUGAAGAUAAAUUAAAUCAAACAUUAGCUAAUAAUCCAGUAUUAUUAUCAAUGAUUCAAGGUAAAUUAGGUGAUUUAGUUGGUAAAAAUUCAGGUUAUGUAGCAACUUUAUCAAAACCUGUAAAGAAUAGAAUUUUUGGUUUAAAAUCGAUACAACAACAACAAAUGAAAUUAGAAGCUGAAUUUCAAAAAGAAUUAUUAGAAUUAGAAAAGAAAUUCUUCAAAAAGUAUGAACCAUUAUAUGUUAAAAGAAAAGAAAUUAUAGUUGGUAAAGUUGAACCAAGUGAAGCAGAAAUUGAAGAAGGUAAACAAUUAGAUGAAACUUUAGAUGAAGAAGAAGAAGAGGAAGAAGAAGAAGACGAGGAAAAACCAGAAGAAAAACAAGAAGAAUCAGCAGUAGGAAUUCCAGGAUUUUGGUUAACAGCAUUAGAAAAUUUAUCAACAGUUCAAGAAACUAUAACAGAUAGAGAUUCAGAAAUUUUAUCAAAUUUAAUUGAUAUAAGAAUGAAAUAUUUAGAAACUCCAGGAUUUGAAUUAAUUUUUGAAUUUAAAGACAAUGAAUAUUUAAAUAACAAGACAUUAACAAAAACAUACCAUUACCAAGCAGAAUUAGGUUAUUCAGGAGAUUUUGUUUAUGAUCAUGCAAAUGGUUGUGAAAUAAAUUGGAAAUCAAAAGAAAAAAAUCCAACUAUAAAUAUAGAAAGAAGAAAACAAAGAAAUAAAACAACAAAACAAACAAGAACUGUUGAAAAAUUAACACCAACUGAAUCAUUUUUCAACUUUUUUGAUCCUCCAAAACCUCCAAAAAAAAUUGAUGAAGAUAAAGAAGACGUGGAAGAUGCAGAAAAUGUAGAACAAGAAGAAAAAGAUGAAGAAGAACAAGAAGAAGAUGAAGAUUUAGAAGCAAGAUUAGAAUUGGAUUAUCAAUUAGGUGAAGAAAUAAAAGAUCGUUUAAUUCCAAGAGCUGUUGAUUGGUUUACUGGUGAUGCAGUAGAUUAUUCUUAUCCUGAUGAAUUUGAAGGUGAUGAAGAAGGUGAAUAUUCAGAUGAAGAAGGUGUAGAUGAUGAUGAUGAUGAAGAAUUAGGUGAUGCUGAUCAUGAUGACGAUGAUGAUGAUGAAGCAGAAGGAACUGGUCAAAAACAACCACCACCUGAGUGUAAACAACAAUAA